GAAGGAUUCCCAAGACGGGAGCACCUCCGGCGUCAAGUUUUCCGGCACUCCCUCCCUCUGGGUGCCGGGAUUAUGACCGGAGAGGCUCUCGAAACAUUCUCUGUAUAUGUAACAAUGGUGAACGGUAACAAGGUUUCGCCUGUAGAUGAAGAAAUCCCUCGGGAAAGUUCAGAUGACAAAGAUCAGGAAGACGCAGCAGCUCAGGUUGAACCCAAGCCGUGGAAAAAGAAGGCAUUGCUGGAACUCAGGUCUAAACUAGAAGACGCCAUCCUUGGGAAUACUCUUUUGAACGACCACCCCAGCACCGAAUGCGAGGUCUCACCGGAAACAGAGAACCUCGAAGACAUUUCCCUCUGGGGAAUACCGCUGUUACCUAGUAAAGGCCAUGAAGGUACCGACGUUAUCCUCCUCAAGUUCUUGAAAGCACAAGAUUAUAAGGUGUCUGAGACGUUUGAGAUGCUCCGGAAGACGUUGAUAUGGCGCAAGGAAUUCAAGACUGAAGGAAUUCUUGAAGAAAACUUCGAUUUUGAAUUCGACCAUGUACUGUACACCAACAGUACAGAUAAGGAAGGCCACCCUCUGUGUUAUAACAUCUGUGGAGCCUUUGACAAUGAGCUGUAUGAGAAGACUUUCGGGACAGAGAAAAAUUGCGAGGAGUUCUUGAGGUUGUCCGUUCAAUUCAUGGAGAAGGGUAUCCAGAAGCUGGAUUUUAAAGAUGGAGGAGUUGACUCCAUGGUUCAGAUUACAGACAUGAGAAUCUCACAGGGGUUGGCCAUGAAGGAAUUGCAUGGUAAUUACAAGAAAGUCGUAUCACUGUUUCAAGAAAAUUACCCUGAUAUUAUUUUCAAAAGUAUAUUCAUAAAUGUUCCUUUUUGGUGUUACGCUUAUCACAAAAUGUUUUCUCGGUUUAUAACUAAAAGAGCAAAAGCCAAAUUUAUAUUUGUUCGGCGCUCCAGAGUUUCAAAAACCCUUCUCAAGUUCAUAGCCCCAGAAAACAUCCCAAUUCAAUAUGGUGGCCUCAAAAGAGAGAACGAUGAUGAAUUUGCGCCAGAGGAUGGAGCUUCCGAACUGGUUGUCAAGUCAGGUGCAAUAGAGAGCAUCGAAAUCCCAGUGGAAGAGCCUGGAGUUACAGUAAUUUGGGACUUGAUGUUUGUCGGACGGGACAUGAGUUACAGAGAAGAGUUCAUUCCAGACGAUGAAUGCUCAUACACAGUUCUAAUUAAGAAGGAAAAGAAAGUGGGAGGGAGUGUGAGAAAUUCCUUUUACAUUAAUGAACCAGGAAGAGUACUUUUGACGGUGGAUAAUGGUUCCUAUAAGAAGAAGAAAGUUUAUUAUAGAUUUAAAGCCAAACCCACAGUCCCCAUCUAUCUCUUAACAAACAGUUGAAUCCUUAUUUUAAUGUUAUGUCGCUAC